GCUCCUGAUCCUUAGUACCCUGAGUUGCCUGAAGGGGGGAAUGGCACUGUCUGAGUGUGCAGCCCGGACGCUUAGGCGGACACUGCAAUCGGAGCAAGGAGAGCCCGCCCGCACCACCUGUCCCCGCCGACAUUCCAGAGUAGAGACUGAAUUGGCAGAGAGCCGGCGAUCAGUCGCCGCCUCAGUCCGUGCUGGCCCUCCUAGGGGUGUGUCUCACGGAUUCUACUCCCAGCUGCUAGACGAGUCCCUAAAGGCGUCUUCCUCCCAGGCGGGAGACACACGCACCCCACUCUUCACGCUGCUGCCCCGAGGCCGCAGCAGGCGGAUGCACGACCUCAGGAGACGCUGGGACCUGGGCUCCCUCUGCCGGGCCCUGCUCACUCGGGGCCUGGCAGCCCUGGGCCACUCGCUGAAGCACGUGCUCGGUGUGAUCUUCUCCAAGAUUUUCGGCCCGCUAGCCAGCGUCGGGAAUAUGGAUGAGAAAUCCAACAAGCUGCUGCUGGCUUUGGUGAUGCUGUUCCUAUUCGCCGUGAUCGUCCUGCAAUAUGUGUGCCCUGGCACAGAAUGCCAGCUCCUCCGUCUUCAGGCGUUCAGCUCCCCGAUGCCGGACCCUUACCGCUCAGAGGAUGAGAGCUCCGCCAGGUUCGUGCCCCGUUACAAUUUCAGCCGAGGCGAUCUCCUGCGCAAGGUAGACUUCGAUAUCAACGGCGAUGACCUGAUCGUGUUCCUGCACAUCCAGAAGACAGGGGGUACCACUUUUGGCCGCCACCUGGUGCGAAACAUCCAGCUGGAGCAGCCUUGCGAAUGCCGCGUGGGUCAGAAGAAAUGCACUUGCCACCGGCCGGGUAAGCGGGAGACCUGGCUCUUCUCCAGGUUCUCCACAGGCUGGAGCUGCGGGCUGCACGCCGACUGGACUGAGCUUACCAGCUGUGUGCCCGCUGUGGUGGAUGGCAAGCGCGAUGCCAGGCAGAGACCAUCUAGAAACUUCCACUAUAUCACCAUCCUCCGAGACCCAGUGUCCCGGUACUUGAGCGAAUGGAGGCAUGUCCAGAGAGGGGCAACAUGGAAAGCAUCACUGCAUGUCUGCGAUGGAAGGCCCCCAACCUCUGAAGAGCUGCCCAGCUGCUACACUGGUGAUGACUGGUCCGGCUGCCCACUGAAAGAGUUCAUGGACUGUCCCUAUAAUCUAGCUAACAAUCGCCAGGUGCGCAUGCUCUCUGACCUGACCUUAGUAGGCUGCUACAACCUCUCUGUCAUGCCGGAAAAGCAAAGAAACAAGGUCCUCCUGGAAAGUGCCAAAUCGAAUCUGAAGCACAUGGCAUUUUUUGGCUUAACUGAGUUUCAGCGGAAGACCCAGUAUCUGUUUGAGAAAACCUUCAACAUGAACUUUAUUUCACCAUUUACCCAAUAUAAUACCACUAGGGCCUCUAGUGUAGAGAUCAAUGAGGAAAUCCAAAAGCGUAUUGAGGGGCUGAAUUUUCUGGAUAUGGAAUUGUAUAGCUAUGCAAAAGACCUCUUUUUGCAAAGGUAUCAGUUUAUGAGGCAGAAGGAACAUCAGGAAGCUAGGCGGAAGCGUCAGGAGCAACGCAAAUUUCUGAAGGGAAGAUUCCUUCAGACCCAUUUCCAGAGCCAGAGUCAGGUCCAGAGCCAGAAUCAGAGUCAGAAUCAGAGUCAGAAGCCAAAUCUGAACGUAAAUCAAAAUGUGACCCAGAAUCUGAUUCAAAAUCUGCUUCAGAAUCUGACUCAGAGUUUAAGUCAGAAUUCAAGCCAGAAAGAGAACCUGGAAAACCAGAAGCAGAACACAGGCCAAGAGCAGAGCGAUAGCAACACCAGCAAUGGCACCAAUGAUUAUAUAGGCAGUGUAGAGAAAUGGCGUUAAAUGGCCAAAGGCUUUUGCACACUCCUCCCAAAGCGCCAGUAAGAAUAUGGCUGGUUUGAAAAGAUGAGAAUGUUCAAACACAUUUUGUUUCCCUAAGCUUGGAAGCUGAAAAAAGUUAAGAUGUUGCCUUUACAGUUGCCUUUAAAUUAAAUGUUAUACUGUGUGUGGGUAUAACAAAUUUCAAUAUGUAAUUAAAUUGUCUUUUUUUUGGUUUGUUGGAAUAUUUAUAAAAUCCAAAAACCAAAUCAGACUCAACAGAUAUUGCUCUUUAGAUAUAUUAAGAGGUUCUUAAAUUACUUAUAAAAACAAAAUGAAAACAAAAUGGGGCCAUUUAAUAUCACUAAAAAUGGACUUUAAAUUAUUUAUGAUACACUGUUAAAACUCAAUCUUCCAAGCAAAUUUUUUUCAAGGGUAAGCAUGAAUACAAACAUUUAAAAAACUAAAAUUAAAGACACAGCCUUUCAUCUUCUUCUGAUUUUUAACAGGAAAGCUCUUUGAAUAGAAUAAGAAGUGAUGGUAAAUUUUACUGAACUGUAGAAAGUGAAAAAAUUCUCUCCCAAACAUGGGUAGUUUUAUGUAAAGAUAUUGGCUUUUCAAGUAGAACAAGACUCAUAUCUUGUUAUUUAAGAGAUGUUUAAAAUUUUAAACGUUUUCUACCUUCUAGUCCUUAAAGGUUUUAAACAGGGUGUAUCUCAUAUUAACAAAACAUUUUUUUUUUCCUAAAUGGAAUACCAAUGGAAAGAUCUGAUUUCCAGACACAUUCUGGGCACUGUAAUUUCAACACUUCUGGAAUCUUUUUGGCGCUGCUUCUCUUUCAUUUUAAGGCUUCUGAGUUUUGCUCAUUCCAAAUUAAUCCAUUUAUACAAUCUUUCUUCAUCAUCUAAAUGGUGCAUUGCUGAAUUUAUUGUGAUAUAUAACCCUGAAUAGAAGUCAGGAUUUUCUGUAGAGUUGUCUUAUCAAUAUUUGUGUUGUGAGGUCCUUAUCAAGAAACUCUUGAACAGGAUAAUGUGUCUAAAAAUGUUGCUGAAGUUAUUCUUGAUCAAGUAGAGUUGAACCCGAAUGUGAAUUAAUUAUUAUUUACUCUUUGUACAUUUUUACUGUGAUGUUUCCGGUUGGCCUGGCUAUAUGUAGCCCAUUAAUUCUUUUUUGUGUUGACAGAUUGUAGACAACUACAAGAGAAAAACAUGGUAGAAUAAGCCUUAGGAUAGCCAGAGUUAUUCACUAACACCAAAAACUGUACCUCGAUACUUUGGGUUAACCCUCUACCAGGUUUUAUUUUAAGAAAGAACCAAAGGAAACGCUGUGCUGCAGUGAGGUUAAGUAUCAGGAUAAAAGUUGAGGAAAAUGAUUUAGUAUCAUAAGUCUAUACAUAAGUACUUUUAGGGUACUGACUAUGAAUUGAGAAGGGCAAAAAAAAAGUACAAGUACUGAUCCUACUGUGCUAUGAAGCAUUGUAAUUUUAGGAAGUUUCCAUUUUACAGAUUUUGCUAUACUUUUUAAAGAACUUACACUAACCCCCUGGCUGUCAAUCAAACAAGGCAAUGGAAGUGGCAUUUAUGUUUUCAAGAGGGCCAUGCUUAGAAGUAUGACCAUAAGUCAUAUCUUGUACAAUCUGCUCAUUUGCAUGAUCUUGUUUCAUCUGUAAUAAUAUGGCCACAAACUGGACAAGAAGCUGAGUAUUUUAGUUUAAAAUUAAAUUUUCUUGACUCUGAGCGUGUGUCAAAAUAUCUAAGUUUUGCUUUGUCUGACAGUAUUGCAGUCUUAGGAAUUCUGAGAGCUGAAAAACUGAAAGGAUUUUUUUUAAAAAUCAAACACACCUUGAAGUGAAAGUGUUUUAGAAUGAAACUAUUUUGUGUACAUUGUGUUUUUAAAAUAAAGAUUCUGUAGAUCAUUGUGGUAUUUCAGUAUUAUUUAGUUUUAAUUGAUAAUGUUUGCUCUGUAAACUGAUAGUUACUAUUAGAAAGCAGGAUGAAGCCUGAGCCAGU